AUGCACAAGACGAAAGGAUAUACAGCUUUAAUUAACUUUUUCAGUCAAAUUGGAAGUUUGAGGAUCGGUGUAGAAUCACAAAUAUCUCCGUUUCUGGAAUUCUUCAACGAAGCAGCUUUGGUCGAACUGCCUUUCACUGGGCCAGUCUACACUUGGGAUAACAGACAGAUUGGAUACCACCAAAUCGAAGAGAGAUUGGAUCGCUUCUCGUCCUCCCCGGACUGGCUUGCAACGAAUCCAAAUGCAAUUGUCCAGCACCAACAAGUCACCAGUUCAGAUCACAAGGCCUUAAUACUGAGCACCGAACUCCAACAACCUUCCCUUCCUGAGCCUUUCCGCUUUGAAGCUUUCUGGGUUCAGGAACCCUCCUUCCAUGACCUCGUCGCCCAGGCUUGGACCGUUCAAGCCUCCGAUGAGUCCACAUCCUUUUUAGUGAAUAGUGAGGUGUGA